AUGAAGGCGCGCUGCAAUUACUCGCCAGUUAUUCGCAGAUUAUGCUCGCCCUGCUGCAGCCUGCAGUGCCUUGCAGUGCAGGCCCUGGAGGUCUCCACGCCCGCGGGGUCCUGGCAGCACCGGCAGUGGGCCCUCCUCGAGGAGGACGCCGGCGACGUGCUCAACGCCACGGACAGCCGCCGGCUGGACUUCGACCUGCUGGACGACGACGCGGCGGCCGGCAAUGGCACCGAACAGGGCAAAAAAGGCAAGAAGUCCCACAAAAAGAAGAAGUAUUGGAGCAAGAAAAAGAAGGGCAAGCACAAGAAGAAAAAGAAGAAAUCGCACUUCAGCAAGAAAGGCAAGAAGAGUAAGAAGCACAUGGACAAGAAGAAGAAGUACGGAAAGAAGAAGAAGUCGUCCAAGGGCCACAAAGCCAAAAAGUACCACAAGAAGAAGGGUCACAAGAAGGGAAAGAAGAUGAAAGGAUACCACAAGAAGAUUCACAAGGACAACUACAAGAAGAAGCACAAGUUCUGGGACAAGAAGCACAAGAAGGGCAAGCAUAAGAAGUAUGGCAAGAAGCACAAGCACCACAUGUCGAAGAAGGGCAAGCACAAGAAGGGCAAACACCACAAGUCGGCGUACCACAAGAAGAAGAAGAGCAAGAAGGGCAAGAAGAAGAAGGGGCACCACGACAAGAAGAGCAAGAAGUGGAAGGGCAAGAAGGGCAAGAAGAAGAAGUACUCCAAGAAGAAGAGCCACGCGAAGAAGGCCGCCGCCAAGAAGGGCAAGAAGUGGGGAUUCAAGAAGAAGAAGGGGCACUGA